UCGGUGAUGGGUCAUCGUCAUCAUCGCCACCAUCACCCGGCUGCUCAUGAUCGGCUACUCGCUCGACUCAUUUUACCUACCGCAACGCCAGCUGUAUGUAACUGGGUGCUCGUUGCUUUGAUCUCGCUUCUAAUUAACUCAAGCCAUGGACUGGAACAACUCUCAGCAGGCCAGCAGGAACCUCAAGCUGAUCAGCAACCGCUUCCACCAACGCUUUCGUCCACCUCCACCGUCAGUCCUACGCUUGCACCGUGCGAACAGCGUGCGCUGGACGAAAUCCCCCCCGAUCCUUUCUACGAUGUGUCGGACAUUACGAUCGGAGCAGCGAAAUCAUUCGCUGACUUCCUCGCUGGCCGCAAGAUCGAUGGCACGGCCCGGGAUGAUCGUAAGUUUGUACUCGCGCGCGAGAAAGCCAACGAGCUGGCGAACGGUGUAUUGAAGCAGGACGAAGGAUUACUGCUGGCCGUUGGCAUCGCAUCACCACGACUUCCCCUGGCCGUUGUGCAGUUCCGGGAUCAGAUCGACAGCGCACACGUCAAUCUAUCGGAGAGCAAAAACUUCCUGUCCACUUACUGGCGUGAGCUGGGUGUUGCCUGGAAUCAAAGCAAUGGUGCUCAGUUCUGGGGCACUCCGUUCCGCGAUUGUGGACCGCUCUAUGGGCGGUGGCUUUGGCCGUACAGUGUCACCGUUGAGUCACAGGGCUACAAAAUCGUUGCAUCGGCGUUUAUCGCAGCGGACGUGGAUCAGUGCAACGAUGCGUUGGAAUCGAUUUUUGGCCGCCGCCAUGUUUGCGAUCGUGAGUCCACAUUUUGCCUGCUGUCGGAGCUGGACGCGUCCAAACCUCGGGGCAAAUAUACGUGCGUCUGCCGACCGGGCUACUACAUUCCCAACGAGUCGAUACAGGGUUUCUCGUCUGAGAAGAGCGAUGGCAACAUUACAAACUUUAGCUGCAUUCCGUGCCCAAGUGCAUGCGAGUGUGAUUCGGCUGGUAGCUGCAGCAGCCCGGACGAAGACUUUAGCACCGAAACACUCAUGAAGGCGACGAUCGGUGCUAUCUUAGGAGCUUGUAUGCUUUGUUGUUUAGUGUUAGCGUUAAUUGUGUUCCGUCAGCGGAAGUGCAAGACUAUUGCCACCGGGAUGUGGACCAUUUUAGAAACAAUUUUAUUCGGCAUUUUACUUCUAUACUUAGCGGUUGCUCUACACUUCCUGCAGGCAUCGACAGUGCGGUGCCUGCUGGAACCGUGGUGCCGUGAGCUGGGCUUCAUCAUUUGCUACGGUGCGAUCGUGCUCAAACUGUACCGUCACCUGGUGGAGUUCCGCACCAGAAAAGCUCAUCGAUGGGUUGUGAGAGAUCUCGAUCUGCUGCGCUACUUGUGCGCCAUGAUCGUCGCGGUGCUAUGCUAUCUGGCCGCCUUUACCGCGACCAGUCUCGACUUUCUGCAGUACAGUGAGCUGGUUUGGCAGAUGGACCAACCGCAGUCGAUGGACGCGGAGCAGGUUGCGUCCAACAUGUGCCGCCCACUACGCUGGGAUUACGUGACCGAGGCCGGCGAACUGUUGAUACUGGGCUUCGGACUACAGCUGGCCAUCGCUAGCCGUAAUGCCAAUACGCAAUUUCGGGAGCGACAAUUCUUAGUAGCAUCCAUAUUGAUCGAGUUUCUCGUCUCGUCCACAUUCUACAUACUGCGCUUCUGGUAUUUGGAGGAGUUCAAUCCGUCUACACUGUUCUUAGCCCUGUUCGUGCGCUCGCAACUGACCAACACCGUGACGUUGGGCUUGAUAUUUCUCCCUAAGUUAUGGUACCAGCACAAACAGGGUGCACAUGAGAGUACACACCAUGGCGGGGCACUCGGCACGUACGCCGGCAUCUGCAUGGGUGACCCGGAGGUUGGCGACGUCACAAUAUCGGAGAUGAGUCCCGAGGACAUCAGAGCCGAGCUGAAAAGACUGUACACACAACUAGAAUAUUUAAAAAAUAAAACCCUUCGCCAAGACAAUCCUCACAUAAGCAAGCGAAGGGGAGGAAGAAAGGUGGCCCAUCGGAGGUUCUCACUCCAGAAAAAAGGAAGCCGAGAAAAGGCAUUGAGCGCUAAACACCGCAACAAUCGUCCAGCGGUGAGCGAGGUGGAGGUGACCGAGGCCGAACCGUCCCGUACGCCCGAGGACAGCGUGUGCAGUGUCGAGGGCCCGACCGAUACCGGUACCGGAACUGGCGAGAUUUCCGGCAUUUCCAGCUCCAAAUAGCCGUCGUCGACCGGAGCGCAACCGCAACAGACGGGCGGCCGUUCGCGCUACAAGGAGUACAAUUUUUGAAUAAUCGAAAGGCCAUAACCGGCCCAACGAACGGUAAAGCACACCCGCUUAGCUCCUUCUUCUCGCCACCAUAACCCAACGGCUUUCACUUUUGCUUGCUACACUCUGUUGCAAAUAUCGGAAAAUGAUCGGAUGCGGUGCAGUUGUGCGUUUGCGGGUGUAUCCUGUGUAUCCGAGCAAACAGUGAAUCUCAUCUACAAAUUCAAAACCGUAGGCAGUUUCUGCGCGCACAUGCUCCCGCACUGAUUGCGGUUGGUCUUCGCUUACUUGACAGCUAGCCGGUUAGACAGGACGUGCUAAAGAACGAUGCUGAUUCGAGCAAACAGCAACUGGAAUCAUUUCCUUUUAUCAAACUCGAUAUUACACAAUGUUAAGUUUAGCGUUACUGAGAUCGACAGAAGAAAAACACAUCAAACAAUCGACGAACCCGACAUCGGAUACAGCAUAUCCAGGCUCCCGUUUUGACAUGAAGCUACUUAUUUUGUGUUACAUUUCGAAUGGUUUCCAUUUCCAAUUAUGCGUCCAUAUCACAUCGUUGCAAGCUAUGUAUCCAGCUACAUGACAGAUUUUAAAAAUCUACAAUAAAACGAAGCAAGUUCCAUUCAAUUGCCCAAUAAAUACCUUCAAACUGUCUGUACGCCAUAUGCGCACCAGCUUUGUGCGCACAAUAUCAACUGGGAACAAGAACAAGCAUGUGUUCUACAACAGAGAAAAUAAUGAAAUAAUGAAAGGGAACCCAUGGAAAUUAUCACAACAAUUAUAAACACCUCGUUACAUUUGAGUUAGACAAUUUUCCUCCAAAGACAGCUGAAAAUAGUUAUGCGGUUCAACCCCCCACAAAAAAAACCGUACAGCUAAGCAUGUAUAUAUAAAAAAGCAAGCCCGAAACAUAUAUACAAACUAUACGCUAAACAAUUUUAAUAGAUAACUUUCCACGGAGCAUCUGAUGCGGUGGCCAUGGGUCAUGAGUUACAGAUGCGCCAGACAGGAAAGAGGAAAAUUGAAACAUUCGUGAAAAUGAACACGAUCCGC